CAAAAAGGGAGCUCUCCAGCGAUCCUGUUCCUUCUACUCUGGUGUGCCACUACUGUGUCCUGUAUCACACAGGAAUAUUUCAUUGGAAUUAAGGAGAUCCAGUGGGAUUAUGGUCCAGCUGGGGAAAACAAUCCUCAUCAAAACGCUGAAGGAAGAUGACUUAGUGGAUGUUUCACCUAUCCUCAGCCACCUUCCAGACGGUGAAGAUGAAGCCUCAGUACCCUGGCUCCUGGUUGCUGCACUGCCACGUCACAGACCACAUCAUGGCUGGAAUGGAGACCAUCUACACCACCAUUGAGAAAGAUCUAGCCGCUCCCUUCAACACAGUGAACUAUCAGAUCCUCUCCACCCUCAGGGCUGGGUGUCUCAGGCUCCGCAAACUCUUGGAUUGUGUCCUACCUGGCAGGCCACUCCUAACAGGUGACGUGUGCACCACAUACACUCACUUUUGGUGUGUCUCCAUCACUGUUGACAACUCCAAUAUCGCCCUCCUGGAGUGCAAAGAAUCUUGGCGUGACCCUAGAUGACCGUCAAAGCUUGCGUCCACUACACCCCAACCCAAGCACUCCACCCCCCCCCACUUCCAAAAACACCUGAAACCGUAUCCUAAAAAGAGUGUCUUUAAAGCAUCCCCCUAGCUCUGACUUUGCUGAUGGAUACUUUGAGGAAAAGUGUCUUUACUAUGCCUGUGAGAUUUUUGUCCCACCUAGAAGAUGAAUGCAUUAAGUCGCUCUGGAUAACAACGUCUGCUAAAUUACUCAAAUGUUGAUGCUUGUCUAAUGUCAAUGCUCUGAAAUCAGUUUUGAAAAUAUAACAUCCUUUUGUUUGUCCAACAUUGGCAUAUAUACACAUGGUGAAAGGAGAAGAAUGCAAAUUAAAUAUUUUUUUGGAGCAUUUAUUAAUGCCGCAAGCAAAACAUCACGAUUAUACAGUGAGGUCAUAGCUUUCUUCAUUCCAUGU